AUGAGGGUCAUACAAAUCGACAUCAUCUCCGACGCUAUCUGUCCCUGGUGCUACAUCGGCUACCGAAAUCUUCAGAAAGCCAUCAAACUAUACCAAAAGACGUAUUCGGGCGGAUCCCAAACUGCAUUUGACAUUACAUGGAAGCCGUACUUCCUCGACCAGGUUCCUCGCGAGAGCGAAUUGAUCCAGGAUCGAAUGCUCCGUCGCAUGAACCCCCAAAUGGUCCACGGUGCUCAAACACGCCUCAAACGAGUAGGCAAGAGCGUUGGUAUCGACUUCAAAUUUGGUGGAUGGAUUGGAAGCACGCGCAAGGCGCAUCAACUGCUCUAUUUAGCUCGCAGGGAGAGCAGUGAUCUGCAAUGCCGGCUAUCCGAGAUGUUAUUCCAAUAUCAGUUCGAAAAGGAGGCUGAUAUCAGUCAGUCGGACGUCUUGGUGGAAGCAGCGAUCCAGGCUGGGAUACCGGAGGAGAAAGUCCAGGGAUGGCUGGCUAGUGAAGAAGGCAUGGAAGAGACGGAGGAAGAGGCAAAGAAGAUUAGGGAGUCAGGGAUUGUCGGCGUGCCUCAUUUCAUCAUUGGUGGGACGGAGCACUUGAAGGGGGCAGAGGAUAUUGAAGAGCUGUUUCAGGCUUUUAUCACGGUGAGUGAGAGAAAGUAG